AUGGUUCAUCGUCGUAAGAGAGGGUGGUUUCCUGAAAUAUUAACAUUAGAUAAAGAUUGUUUCAAAGGACCAAUAGAUAUCGCAUUCGUGUUCGACGCAUCCUCCAGUGUCUGGAAUGUUAAUUUCACCAAAGCACAGAAGUUUGUGACGAGUUUUAUUGACCCAUUCUAUAUUGGUCCCCACAAUGUUAGGGUUGGUAUAAUGAUGUAUGCGGACAAGGUAUAUACAGAACCUAAGGAUGUUUAUUAUUUCAUCAAUAACCAAAAUAAAGCUGACGUAGACAGUUUUAUCGCCAAUUUAGAAUGGCACGCUGGGUUACGCACAGAAACAGGUCUGGGUAUCCAAUUUAUGAGAGAAAAUAUCAUGUCAGAAGCUCGAACUGGUGUACGUAAAAUCUGUAUAGUCAUCACUGAUGGGGAAUCGCAGGAUAGCAAAAAGACUGCUGCUGAAGCUAAACUAGCUCGAGAUGCUGGUAUACAGAUGAUGGCGGUUGGCGUCAGUAAAAGUGUCAACGAAAACGAAUUAAAUAGAAUUGCUGGUGAUCCAAGUCAAGUUUAUAUUGUUGAAACGUAUGAUGAAUUGGAUCAAAUUAAAGAAGAUCUGUUUGGAAAAGCCUGUGAAAAAGUGUCAAGCUAUUACGAACUUCGUACUGAUCUUCACAGUGUCAAACUAUUACGAACUACGUACUUAUUUUCACGGUGUCAAGCUAUUACGAUCUUCGUACUUAUCUUCACAGUGUCAAGCUAUUACGAAUAUCGUACUUAUCUCCACAGUGUCAAGCUAUUACGAACUUCGUACUUAUCUUCACAGUGUCAAGCUAUUACGAACUUCGUACUUAUCUUCACAGUGUCAAGCUAUUACGAACUUCGUACUUAUCUUCACGGUGUCAAGCUAUUACGAUCUUCGUACUUAUCUUCACAGUGUCAAGCUAUUAAGAACUUCGUACUUAUCUCCACAGUGUCAAGCUAUAACGAACUUAUAAGUACGAAGUUUGUACUAGCUUGA